UGGGUAGGGAGGAAUAGUGAGGCGGUUGUGGGAAACCAUGGAAAAUUACACGAAGAUCCGUAAGAGCGAGGAAGAGAGUCCUCUGCCCUUCGAGAACCUGCCGGAGGACAUCGUGGAGAUGCGGGUGAAGGAGGGCAGCAAGAUCAGAAACCUGAUGGGGUUUGCAAUCGGUCGGAUGGAGCUAGAAGGCACUCGGCAGAUGGUGUUCACCGGCUCGGGCAGGGCGGUCACCAAGACCAUCACCUGUGUGGAGAUCAUGAAAAGACGCAUCGGGGGUCUCCAUCAGAUCACCAGGCUACGCUACAAGAGCCUGCGAGAGACGUGGCAACUCCGUGAGCCCCGGGAGGGUGCCCACAACCUCACCCUGUUGAAGAACGUCCCGGCUAUUUGCAUCCUCCUGUCUAAGGAGCCCCUGGACCCGAGUGAAAGUGGCUACCAGCCCCCGGACACUGGCGAUGGGCUGUGGCUUGGGCAGCGAGACAGGGAGGUUGGAGAGAUGGAGAACGCUUCGGCUCCCAGAGGCAUCAAACGCUCCCUGUGCUGUGGGAGUCACGAAAUGGUUAAAAAAGUCACAAGGGAAGACCAUCAAGUCGACCCCUCCUCUAACUAUAAUUACCCACUGAACUACCACCAGUAACACUGUAAGCAUAAUAUAACUCAAUAUAUAACUUUAUAGAACAGUUUGUAAACA